AUGGGGAUGAAGCGGAGCCUUCAGUGCGGGGGCACCCUGCUGGGCUUCUUGGCCAACAUCCUCACGAUUCUCUCCUCUGCUGCCAACUACUGGAUCCGCUUCCCCAAGGGACACAGUGGCCUGUGGCAAGAUUGUAUCGGUGGCAUCUGCACUAACGUCCCCUGCGAGUCGGUGCUGGCGGUGACCCAGGCGUGCAUGGUGCUGGCGGCGGCCUUCGGCAUCGUCGGCUUGGUGCUGGGGCUGCGGAUUGUGUAUCACGAUGGCGACACUCGAGGCCAGACUACGAGCGCUAUCUUCCUCCUCUGCGGCUUGCUGCUGCUGAUCGCUUUGAUCAGCUACACCGCGAAGAAUGCGUGGAAAAGCGACGUCUUUUUCUCCUGGUCCUAUUUUUCGGCAUGGCUGGCUUUUCCACUCUAUGUUAUCGCGGCCUUCUGCUUUCUGCUGGCGGAUAUGAUUCUGCAGAGUACAGACGCCAUCAGUGGGUUCCCCGUGUGCUUGUGA